AUGAUUCAAUAUUCAUUACUAUGCUUCAAUUUAUAUUUUAUCAAAUUUCUGAUAAACUAUAUAUUUUUAAUUUAUAUUUAAGAUGGAUUAGUGAAUAUAAUUAUUUGUAAUUGUAUUAUUUUGAUGCGAUUAAGAAGUUUCCAAUUUAAACUAUUAAUUAAAACUUAAAUUAUAAAUAAAUAUAUGAUGAAAAUAUUCAAAAUACCAUUUGAAGGAAUUAUAGCUAUAGUACUUACUCCUUUGUUGGAUUUUGAAAUAAGAGAGAUGACAAUUUUAUUAAGCAUAAUGAGUUUUGUUUAAGUGGCUGUGCUUUUCUCUUAUAAAUUAAAUGAAAAAAGGUAUUUACAAAUGAAUCUAAGUUAUACUAUAUGUUUAGCCAUAUUUUUUGUGGAAUGUGCUGUGAAACUUUAAAAUUUCAGUAUUUUUAUACUCUAUUUCAUCUGUAUUGAGAUAGGACAAGAAAGAUCAAAUAAAGGAUUGUUGUAAAAACUAACUAUUUUUAUGAAUUUUUAUGCUUUAAUAAGAGUGUGUAAUUGGAAAUCAUAUGAUUUAUAUUCAUUUAUUGGAGGAAUUUUAAUGCUCUUAUUACAUUUAUAUAUAUUGUGGUCUAAUCAAUAAAAAUAUGACAUAGAUCCUUAAGCAUCAUAUAUUAAAUCAUAUGAGAAAUCAAUUUUGAAUAUUGUACAAACUCCUGAAAAUAAAAAAUAAUAAUUCCAUUCAUCAGCAACAAGUUUGUAAUAAGAAUUGUAAGAAUGUUUCCAUUUCUUUAAUUUAAUACCAGAUUCUUUGGUCUUAUUAACAGCUUAAAAUUUAGCUAUUCAUUUUUGUAAUUCAGCAACAUUGGAAUUAUUUAAGAUCAGUGAUAAAUCUAAUUUUAAAACUUGUUUAGAAUAAUUAUCUGAUGUUGUAUCUACUUAGGCUAAACCAGAUAUUAGAGAUCCAAGAGAUUCAUUUCCAUCUUUUUAGAGUUUUUAAUAAACUUUCCAGUAAGGCAAAUUUUCUAAUAAUCGUUAUUCUAAAGAAGAAAUAGAAUUAAAUGUAAUUGAUUUUCAUUUAAAUAGUAAAUUCUUUGUGAUUUGAGGAAUAUUAAACCAAAUAAAAGAUUUUUUUAGAUCUUAAAGAAUAGUCCUCAUAAUACAGUUUUUAUUGGAAGUUAUUUAGGAAAUUGGUAUGAAAAAGAAGGUUGUUUAGAUUUGGAAUAGCCAAGAAAAAGAUUAUUAGAAAUCAAUGCUCAUGCAAUUUUGGUUGAUGAGAAAUUAAUGAUUUUACUAUAAAUAAGAGAUGUAACCCAUAGAGAUUAUAUAAAAUUGAUGAAAAAAUAAUAUCAAGUUAAAUCAAAUAUAAUCUCAUUUGUUAGUCAUGAAUAUAGAACUCCUCUUAAUUCUAUUAUUUAAUUUAUCUCUGCUUUAUAAGAUGAAAGAGACCCUAAUGUUUAAAGUAAGUACAUCAAAAUUUCUUUAUUAAAUUGUAAGUAUUUACUUAACCUAUCAAAUGAUUUAUUAGAUUUUGCAUAAUUGAAAGUAGGUAAAUUUUCAAUAAAUCCUGUAUAAAUGGAUCUAAAAAAAUUGAUUGAAGAAUGCAUGGAAUUAUUUAAAUUAGAAGCUAAUUUAAAAAAGAUUAAUUUGACAUUAAAUUAUCGAAAUAGUACUCCAAGAUUAUUAAAUAAUGAUCCAAAUAGAAUUCGAUAAAUUAUAAUCAAUCUUCUUGGAAAUGCUUUCAAAUACACUUUAUAAGGAUAUAUAGAAAUUCGAGUGUCUAAUUAUCAUAACAGUUCUUUAAAAAUAGAGGUUCAUGACACAGGAUUAGGAAUUAAAGAAGAACAUAAGGAAAGACUCAUAUAAGCAUUUGCUAAAGUUGAAGAUUCAGAAAGUAAAAAGUUAAAUCCAUAAGGAGUUGGAUUAGGGUUAAUGAUUAGUAAUAUGAUUGCUAGAAAUUUGAGUUUUAAUGAAAAAGGAUUACAAUUUCAAUCAUAAUAUUAAAUUGGUUCUUCCUUCUGGUUUUAUAUUGCAAAGAAUAUAUAAGAAUCAGAUAUUUUAGAAGAAUCAGAAGAUAUAGAUGAAGAAAGCCCAGAAAGAAGAUAAUCAUUAUGGAGAUACAAUAAUAUCAAGACUUAACAUAUAAAUAAAUGUUAAUGUGCUAAUAUUUUAAUUGUUGAUGAUAAUGCUUUCAAUAUAGAAGUUCUUAAAUUCUUAAUUUUAAAGAUUGAUUAAUCUCUUAAAUUAGAAUACUCUUUAGAUGGCCAUACUGCUAUCUAAAUGGUAAAAUCUAAUAGAUGUAAUAAAUGCAAUGGUUAUAAAUUAAUAUUUAUGGACAUUGAUAUGCCUACAAUGAAUGGCAUAUAAGCCACUUCUAUAAUUAAGAAAUAAUAUCCAAAAAUUCAAAUUAUUGGUUGUUCAGCCUAUGCAAAAUAAGAGGAAGAAAAUUUAGCAAUUUAAAAUGGAAUGGAUGGAUAUUUAGUUAAACCAGUAUAAAUUGAAUAGCUUAAAAAUUAUUUAAAACUAGAACUUUGA